GAGUCCGGCAAUCGCCGUCCGCGUUCACAGUUGUUCUCCUCGACCGUUCUGUCACGUCCGUCGUUUACAAUUGUUUUGCCUGUUGCGUAUUAAUUGUUCUCUUUGUUUGUACGAGUGUGAAACACGCCGUUAAGACAAAUAACAGUAAUUUCUGACAGUCAAUUAGAUUGUACUUGCAUUGUCGUUAUAAUGAGGCCCCCAAUCGAGGAGGAAAUCGAGGCAGCCGAAGUGGAAGUCGCUGAUAACCACUAUGCAGCUAUGUCCCUGGUAACCACUAGAAUAGCAGGAAACGCGGUCUGUAGAGUAGUGAACAGAUGCAAUGAAGCACAGGAGAGCUGCAAUUUGGACUUGUCAGAGUGCCAACUGAUGCAGAUUCCCGACGCAAUUUACUUACUCAUGCAAAAUACUCAUUUGACUAUAUGCGAUUUAUCCAACAAUGUCAUUUCAAAGCUCCCUCCAAAGUUUCCUGAACGGUUUACAGGAAUUACAGAAUUGAAUUUAUCUCAUAAUCAAAUUUGUAAGCUACCUGAUCAACUAUCUGAAAUGAAAAGUCUUCAAAAAUUAGACAUAUCAUAUAAUUCUUUCGUAGAAUUACCAGAAACCAUAAAUCGACUAAGUGAUCUAUGUACCCUUAUAGCUAGUCAUAAUUUCAUUAUUAAUGUAGACUUUAAAUCCUUCGAGGUAUGUUUAAAACAGUUGAAAGAAGCGGAUUUCACAGAAAACCCAUUAAAUCAACCAACUCUUAACAUGCUCGAAGAAAAAUUACCAUUUAGGGUACUAUACACUGCACCAAAUGAUGAAGACUGGAGGGAUUUAGAUAAUUAAAAAAUAGAAAAAUAAAGCAUUUGACAAUACAGAAAUAUAUUUUUAAUUAGCUAAUAAAAUGUUUUUAUAUUGUUUUCUUUUUA